UUGAAUUCAAUUUCACUCUUAGUUUGGUGUUGAUAUUCUUGUGUUUGAAAGUGCGAUAUUGAACAAGCGAAAAUAUUCUUCCAAGUUGGAUAUGUCAAUUGGUGACUACAAUGGAAAGCGUCAUUGUUGAGGUUUUACAUGGUUUGUUACCAAAGCCAUCAUACUAUAUUUCGUCACUUGACGAUAUUUGCUUUGGUGAACUAACAGAGAGUUUAUAUAUUGCAAGAGCUUCUGAGGAGGGUGACUUUUACCUUGGACCGGUUUCUUCUUCAAACGUAAUCCUCGAAGAAUAUGACCGAAAUUUUGGAAAGUCGGCAAGUGAGUCAACUUCCCUUCAAAGAGAAACACAAGGAGACUACCACUCAGGUUCAACUCGUAAUAAGCCUUUUGCAACUUCAGUUACCCCAGAAAACGGUUGUAUAGAGGAGGAAACCAUUUUUUGGGAAACUUAUCAACAGAAGCUGUUUGAAUAUUUACAAGUAGAUAAAUCUUUAAUAGAUAUGAACAACUACGAAAUAACGAGAGAAAAUUUAUUGGAAUGGUGUGGCGUUACGUCUCUUGCUCAGAGUAGAAUUAGCCAAGAGCAUGCAGCCACUGAGAGCAAGAACGAGUUUCUGGUUAACAAUUCUCUUGUACUGAUGAAUUCAAAAGGUUCCGCCUUUGUUGAAUCUUCGUUGAAGGAAAAAGGAGCAGCGACAAAGGCCAACACCAAACCGUUACGUUUUCUACCUUCAGUACGCCAAGAUCCUUUUGAGUGGAAAAAAUUCUUUUCCUUUACCACAAAGGAACUAAAUAUGUUUGGAGUAACGAGAAAGGAACUGCAAGACUCACGUGAUUUGUCGAAUUCAAAGGAAGGAAAUAAGUUGAGCCAAAUAUCGUCGACUUAUUUGGACAAUCCAUCGUCACUUGCUGUAGAUAAAGAAGAAGAACAUGUCGUUGAGAAUAUUGAAAAUUGGGACGACUUGCAAAGUAUUCAUGUUGCAAUCGACAGACUUUUGUCGAAUGAAAGGGUUAAUGAUAUUUUAAGAAACAAACCAAAGUUGGGAGUAGAUGAAAACAAUAGAGAAGACACAAUGGACAGUAAAAGCUAUGCUAUUCUUGAUGAACAAGACGUAGAAAGUUUUGAACAGGAAGUGAGAUAUCCAGCCAGGACAUUUCCCUUCAAGUUGGACGACUUUCAGAAACGAGGCAUUCUUCAUUUGGAAAGAGAAGAAAAUGUUUUUGUCACUGCACAUACUUCAGCUGGCAAAACUGUCAUAGCUGAAUAUGCAAUUGCUUUGGCUAUACAACAUCAAACAAGGGCAAUUUAUACUUCCCCGAUUAAGAGUCUUUCCAAUCAGAAGUAUCGGGACUUUUUAGAUAAUUUUAGGGAUGUUGGUAUUGUAACCGGAGAUGUAAGUAUUCAUCCGGAAGCUUCUUGCCUUAUCAUGACGACAGAAAUAUUACGUUCCAUGCUUUAUAAAGGAGCAGAUCUCAUCAGAGAUAUAGAGUUUGUUAUUUUUGAUGAGGUUCACUAUAUUAAUGAUGAGGAACGAGGGGUUGUUUGGGAGGAAGUCAUCAUUAUGCUUCCUUCAUACAUCAAACUUAUUAUGCUGAGUGCCACUGUUCCCAAUGCUAUGGAUUUUGCCAAGUGGGUUGGAGCAAUAAGAAAAUCAAAAGUUUUUGUUGUGGGUACUCAUCUUCGCCCAGUCCCAUUGCAGCACUGUAUCUUUUUUAGGAAACAUUUGUAUACUUUGGUGACUGCUGAGGGAAAAUUUAUGACAAGCGUUUAUAAGCAACUAAAAGAACUUGCAAAGUAUAAGAUGAUUCCUUCAAGUGACAUUAGGACAAGUGGUGCACAUCCAUGGCGCGAACUUGUUUAUUACCUAAAUGAAAGCAACUUAGUUCCGGCGGUCAUUUUUUGUUUUGCUAAGAAACGUUGUGACGAGUUGGCUAAUUUGCUGAGUAAUGUAGACCUGACAAUAGACUCGUCGGAAAAGUUUCAUAUCAUUUCAUUCAUAGACAAGUCAAUAUCAAGAUUGCAAGCUGAAGACAGAAUCAUACCUCAGAUUGAGAGAUUACGAGAAAUGCUAAGCAGAGGGAUUGGAAUUCACCACGCUGGAAUCAUUCCACUAAUGAAAGAAGUUGUGGAAAUAUUAUUCCAGAAAGGUUUUGUUCGUGUUCUUUUUGCUACGGAAACAUUCGCAAUGGGUGUCAAUAUGCCUGCAAAGACUGUAAUAUUCUCGUCUAUUCGAAAGCAUGACGGCAGAAAGUUUCGUUGGAUGCAACCCGGUGAAUAUAUUCAAAUGGCAGGGAGAGCUGGAAGAAGAGGAAUCGACUCAGUAGGAACUGUGCUUUUGUUUUUGGAAGAAGAUUUGCCUGAAAUGAAUAUAUUGCGAAAAGUCAUGAUAGGGCAACCGGUGAAUUUGCUUUCUCAAUUUCGUCUCACUUAUAACAUGAUUCUCAACUUGCUGAGAACUGAAGAUUUACAAGUAGAAGAUAUGAUUCGACAUUCUUUUUGUGAGGCUCCAUACGCAAGAGAUGUUAGUGUAAUGUCAAAGCUUCUCGUGAAGGGCGACUUGAAACUAAAACAUUUGGAGGAGAGGAUUGCAAGAAUCCAAGACCGCUCGCUGCAUUUAACUACGGUUGACUUCAAAAGAUUUUACUCUGUCUAUGUUGAAUGUGAGCAGUUGACGCAGUAUUUGGCCAAAACUACAUUGGCCAAAACUCAGUGUUUACAAAACUAUCUUGACUUGGGUCGUAUAGUACAGGUUUUGGGUGACGAUUUUGAUAUACAUUUUGCUGUGAUAAUAGGCUUUACAAGGAAUGCUCGUUUAGAACAUUUUUUGAAGGAGAAAACUCGUUCAUAUGAGGCAACACAUUGCAAUACAGAUAUGUUGGAAGUCGUCUGGAUAGUACCAGUCUAUCAAGAACACCCAAAGUGCAAACCAGAAUUUGUAUCCAAACUUAAACUUGGAACAAAGAUUCUUUCUGGUAAGAUUGGAAGGUAUGAGUGGCGUGUAGAACGAAUCUCAUUGGAUCGUAUCGUAGCCCCCAUUUCAGAGAAGAUUCAUCAAAUGAACUUGUUCUAUCUUUAUGAUGCUGCCUCAUUUGCAUUUCGUACAGAACUCAACCGAAUGGUAGACCGUCUGCGGCUUCUCAAGGAAAAUGGAAAAGUCGUUCCAUUUGUGAGAAUUCCACCAACAGAAGAUAUGGGUUACUGCAAUCCAGAGAUUCAGGACGCCUGGAAACGUCGUGAAGCUUUGAUUGAAGACAUAGAAAAAAGUCCUGUCAAUCGAAGCUUUCGAAAAUUCACGGCGAUGAAAAUGUUUGAGCUCUAUCAUGAACUAGAGUGGAAAUUGGCAAAGAUUCGAUGGGCUCUAAGUGAUGAUAGUCUCCAGCUGAUGCCAGAUUAUAAUCUGCGGGUUGAAGUCCUCAAGAAACUUGGUUUUAUAAAUGAGGAACACAUCAUCCAACUAAAAGGAAGAGCAGCUUGUGAAUUGAAUAUUUGUGACUGUGUAUUAGCAACGGAAGUGAUCUUUGAAAAUGUUCUGAAUCCGUUGGAUUCUUGUGAAUGUGCAGCCUUUCUGUCUUCAUUUGUUUUUGAAGGUUCAACCAAGUGUGUUCUUUCCAGUUUAACUGAUCCUUUAUUGAAUGCUAUCGAAGCCCUGGGAACCAUUGCUCAUCGAGUUGGAAAUGUUCAAAAUGAAUGCGGACUUCCCAUUUCAGCGGAAGAAUUUGCACAACAGAAUAUAAGAACUGGACUUUCAGAUGUGGUACUUCUAUGGGCACAAGGAGUUAAGUUUGUGGAAAUAUGUGAGGUUACGGAAGUUCCUGAGGGAACUAUAAUUCGGGUCAUCAAUCGACUUAUUACACGAUAAAAUUGUAGAAGCUGAUGAAAGGAUACGUCGCGAUAUAUGUUUUGCU